CGGGAGCUAAGCAGGGGAGAGGAAGAGGCACGGCGGCGCGCGCCGGGAGGACGGGGAGCGUGUUGACAGAAGUGGCAGCAGUCCUAGAAUUAGUUGAAGAUGUCAGGUCAGACGCUGACAGAUCGCAUCGCAGCUGCUCAGUACAGCGUUACAGGAUCAGCUGUAGCCAGAGCGGUCUGCAAAGCAACCACACAUGAAGUGAUGGGCCCCAAGAAGAAACACCUGGAUUACCUAAUCCAGGCCACAAAUGAGACAAAUGUCAACAUUCCACAAAUGGCUGAUACCCUCUUUGAAAGAGCGACAAACACUAGUUGGGUUGUUGUCUUCAAAGCCUUAGUUGCAACACAUCAUCUAAUGGUUCAUGGCAAUGAGAGAUUUAUUCAAUAUCUGGCAUCUAGAAACACACUAUUCAAUCUCAGCAAUUUUUUGGACAAAAGUGGAUCACACGGAUACGAUAUGUCAACUUUUAUCAGGCGCUACAGUAGAUAUUUGAAUGAGAAAGCAUUUUCAUACAGACAAAUGGCAUUUGAUUUUGCAAGAGUAAAAAAGGGGGCUGAUGGUGUAAUGAGGACAAUGCUCCCGGAAAAACUACUGAAGAGCAUGCCAAUAUUACAGGGACAAAUAGAUGCACUUCUUGAAUUUGAUGUUCAUCCAAAUGAAUUGACAAAUGGGGUCAUAAAUGCUGCAUUUAUGCUUCUGUUCAAAGAUCUCAUCAAGCUUUUUGCUUGUUACAAUGAUGGAGUCAUUAAUUUAUUAGAGAAGUUUUUUGAAAUGAAGAAAGGACAGUGCAAAGAUGCCCUUGAAAUUUAUAAGCGGUUUCUUACUAGGAUGACGAGAGUAUCAGAAUUUCUUAAAGUUGCAGAGCAAGUUGGAAUUGACAAAGGCGAUAUUCCCGAUCUCACGCAAGCUCCCAGUAGUCUUAUGGAGACUCUUGAACAGCAUCUGAAUACUUUGGAAGGAAAGAAACCUGGGAACAAUGAUGGGUCUGGUGCUCCUUCCCCCUUGGGCAAGUCUUCUCCGGCCACAACGGUUACAUCUCCCAAUUCUACCCCAGCAAAAAGUAUUGAUACAUCUCCACCAGUUGAUCUUUUUGCAACAUCUUCAACGACGGCUCCAGUCAGUGCUUCCAAGCCCUCCAGUGAUCUUCUAGAUCUUCAACCAGAUUUCACAUCUGGCUCCGCACAAGCAGCUUCAGCAGCUCCCACGGGUGGAACAACUUCAUGGGGAGACAGUUUGGCUGGAUUUUCCAGUGUUACCUCUGAACCACAGAUUUCAGAUCCAUUUGCACCAGAACCCAUCCUAGCUCCUCCUGCUGCAACUGCUGACACAGCAACUACUUCUGCAACUACCACUGGUGCUGUUCCUCCGGCUGCUGCGGCUGAGGUGGAUCUCUUUGGAGAUGCCUUUGCAGCUUCUCCUGGUGAAGCCCCUACAGCACCUGAAGGGGCAGCAGCACCAGCUACCCCAACCCCUGUAGCAGCAGCUCUUGAUGCAUGCUCAGGAAAUGACCCCUUUGCCCCGUCAGAAGGCAAUGCAGAGGCUGCUCCUGAGCUGGACCUCUUUGCUAUGAAGCCAGCUGAGACCGGCGUUCCUGUAGUUACCCCUACAACUAGUGCAGCUCCUUCUGCAACCAGUCCUACUCCAGUUGCUGCUGUGGCCCCUCCAGUCCCUGCUACAACUGCUGCUACUACUGCUACUGUCACUACUGCUACUACAUCUGCUACUACCACCUCUAUCACCACCUCUGCUCCUCCUGCUGCUCUAGAUAUCUUUGGUGAUUUGUUUGAAUCCACACCUGCUGAGGCUCCGGCACCACCUAAGCCAGAUGCAGCUCCUAGCAUAGACCUAUUUGGGACAGAUACUUUUUCUUCUUCAAUUACUGGAGCUUCUCCUGGGCCCGAGAAUUCUCUCACUGGUGAUCUCUUAUCAGUGGACGCAUUUGCAGCACCAUCGUCCCUGCCCACUGCUUCCCCGGCUAAAGUGGACUCUUCAGGUGUGAUUGACCUGUUUUGUGAUGCUUUUGGAAGUGGCCCUUUGGAGCCCCAACCUGCAGUUUCAACUGCUUCUAGUACUUCUGCUUCUGCUGACCUAUUAGCUGGCUUUGGAGGUUCUUUUAUUGCUCCUUCUCCAUCACCUUCCCCUAUCACACCAGCUCAGGCUAAUAUAUUGCAGCCCAAUUUUGAAGCAGCAUUUGGAGCAGCCCCUUCUCCUUCCCCUGCUGGCAGUUCCUUUGAUUCCUCAGUGUUUGAUGGCUUAGGUGAUCUUCUUAUGCCCACUACAAUGCAAACUGGUCAGACUUUGUCCUGUGUAGGCACAGCCAUUGCUUCUGCUUCAGCUGCAACCAAACCCAUUGGAAGUGAUCUUGAUUCCUCUCUUGCAAACUUAGUAGGAAAUCUUGGAAUUUCUGGUACCACAACAAAGAAGGGAGACCUUCAGUGGAAUGCGGGAGAGAAGAAAUUAACAGGAGGAGCCAACUGGCAACCGAAAGUAGCACCUGCAACAUGGGCGUCUGGGGUUCCUCCGAGUAGCCCCUUGACAGGAUCUGUGCCUCCAGCAGGUGCUGGCCCCCCUACACCAGGUGCUGCUUCUCCACAAACUGGAUCAGGAUUUGGGAUGCCGCCUCCUGGAGCUGGCGUUGGGAUGAUGCCACAGCAGCCUCUUAUAUAUGGACAACCGAUGAUGAGGCCACCAUUUGGAGCAGCUGCAGGACCUGGUGCACAAGUUUCUCCAAGUCCAACACCUGCCACCCAGAGCCCCAAGAAGCCCCCAACAAAGGACCCAUUAGCAGAUCUUAACAUCAAAGAUUUCUUAUGAGCUAUUUAAGUUUUGUGAAAGGAUAAGUGAAGACGCAAGUUUGGAAUCUGCAAACAAGAAUUUUGUUGCUCAGAAUUUCCAAGUGAGCCACCAGUACCAAACCCAGUGCUUACUCAGACUUCUCUCCUACUUUCAAAACGUGUAGCACAGCUGUGAAAGUGAUCAUAGGAAUGUGUACUAUUUUAGUUGUUAUCCCUUCUCUCUCUCUCUCUCUGUUUGUGUACUUGGGUUAUAAUUUAUGUGUUUCUCAACUUAAACAAUGGAUGUAUGUUUCUGAUGCCUUCUUAGUGCUUUUCUGAACCAAUCCAUUAGGAACAGAUUAUGCAGCUGUUGUGUGGUGAGCCAUUUGGAGCGAUGUGUCUGUGUUUCUGGAGGUCUUAAUGUAAAUAACCUUGGCGACCCUCUAAAUUUUCUCUUCAAAUCCAGUUCCCUUUGCAUAUCUGUUAUACAAAACAAUAUUGUGUUUAUAUCAGGUAGCAAGAAGAACACUGUUGAUCCUUUUUUUUAAAGUGUGUGGAAUGUAUUUUUUUCCCAAGCAAGAUUAUUAUCAAAUUUUUGUGGGGUACAUUUUAAUUUCCUGACAUUUUAUCUACUAAUAUGAAUGAAAUUCAUAUUAAUAAUCUUCUAUCAAGUUACGUGACAAAGGUUGUUAAAAAAAUCCCCCACAUAAAAAUAUUUUAUCAGAUUUCUUUUUAAAAAGUGUCUUUUAUUUUCAUUAAAACCAUCAUAUUUAUCAUUGUUAUUUAAAAUGCACUGAAAACAAGUAAAGGGUAAGUUUCUUGCCAUAUAAUUCAAACAUAACAAAAACAAACUCCUUUAGGUUUGUCAGGCUACUUGGGCUGCCCACUGUUUCCAGGGGGAAAUCAUGAAUUUUUCUCCCCUUUUGCUUUUAUGUACAUCUGUCAGUUUUGUUCUUUUCUGUACAUAUCUUAGAUUAGUGUUUUUCAUCCCCAUACAGCACUAUGUAUUUUCUGUACUGUUUGUGAUUAGAGGUCACACUGAACCUGAAUUAUGCCCUUUACUGUAAACAAAAGUGUUCUUUUAUCAUUUUAGUUUGUUCUCUCAUACUGUGUGUGCUGAUGGCUUAGCUUAAGAUUUUUGACUUCUUAAUAAGGUCACUGUUGAUCAGUGUUACAAGUGGCUUGGCAGCUCUUUGUUAAAGCAUAUUAGGUUGGAAAGAUGUUCAUCUAAGUCUUUCAAAUUAAUAUUUAAUCAACAUGUGGUACUAUUUUUAAAAAGUGGUUGUAUAUUGUUGGGAUAACAUACCUUGUAACGACAGAGAGUUAGAGAGAGAAUUUCAAAUGGAUUUGCUUUGUAUUUUGGUUUGAGGAAACCCAGUGCAUGUAUACCCUCUGAGAUGCAAUAAAACACCUUGA